AUGAAAGCUAUCGUAGUUCACAAACCUGGAGAUUCUUCUGAGAUGAAAUACGAAGAAAUUCCUAUCCCUGAACCUGGAGAGAGAGAGGUGAGUGCUAUAGUACCGUCACGCGUAUGGAGGCGAUGGGAGGGCUGAAUAUUAAGGCGUGGAGGGAUCUUUGAUUUUGCAGGUGCACCGCGGGUGUCACUAAGGGUCCUGCAGCUUGUAAUCUCAAUCCUAUGAACCGAUCCGUUACAACCGCAUUUUCGACGAGGAAAUUCAAGCUAGCGUCCGGCCGAGUGGUGUGAGAUUGGACGUUCAGUUUUUCUUCAGUUCUAUAAAUUUUAGACCACAAAUGAGUUCAGAUUAAAAUUAGCUCAAAAAUUGUUUACUGGACUAUGCUUGUGCCGUUUCAUGGAAAACGUCGAAAACUGUCCUGCUGAGAUUGCUUUGAGGCAAGAACUAUGGGGGAGAUUACACUUGUCAGUGCCCACUUUGUGGGAGUGAGCUCCUCCUAAAAUUUUGCAGUGUCAGGUUAUUACGGUUGAUCAAGCCGAAGCCAUUUAUGUGCACGUAUGAAUAAUUAUGCAUCCUAUAAUGAACAUCAACUACAUUAAGAUAUUUGCAGGGGCAACAAUAAUUAGAUUAUAGGCUGCGCCCCGUUUCAUUACUUUUAAGUGUGCAGAGAAAAAUUGAAAGCAAUGGUGACAUAUAAAUAGGCAAAUUUUUGCAGGUGUUAUUGUUUACGUACAAGUUAUUAUAACCGAUAGAAGCUGUCUCUGUACAUAUUUGAAAGUUAGGUUCAAAAGUUGAUAGGGUUUGUUCACUUGUACUGUUUGUAGGAUUUUUAGCUCUUUGGAAUCAAUAAAUAAGAAAAUAGCAGCCAUCAAAAAGCCUAGUCCAGAGGCCCUGCCAGGGUAAAUUCCAACAAGCAACACGACCCAAAAAGUAGCGAUGGAGGGUAGAAUGAAAUAGUGACAAGAGACAACCUCCCUCAGGCAAAUUGUGCCAGUGAUGGCAAAGCCGAGAAUAAAUGACAAAGAACAGUGGUUUGGUUAAUUUAUCACCAGUCUGAAUGCCAAGAAGUAUUAUUUUCGUCUAUUUUCCUUGCGCUUCAGAGAAUGUCUCUGGUCAGUGCGCUUUAUUGGAAUCUCCUUAGUCUGGGGAAUAUUAUUGUGUUAAUUGUGAGUCCAGAUGUAACGGUGGUCGAUACACAAAAUGUUUACUGAGAAAUUGCAGACCUGCAAUGGUUUCUUCACACUGUACAAUGCAUUGCCAUCCCCCUUUUCUAAAAUUCUGACAAAGACAAAGAAUUUUUGUUCAAGUUCCUACAGCGACAUGAAGCAUUUAUAAACACCGACAUAAGGCAUUUUAAAAUUCAGACGAGCAACAUGGGAGCCCCCCCUGGCAGGGCCUCUAGUGCAAGAUUGUAGGGCAUCGUCCAGGGGGGGUACUCAACAAAGUUAUAUAUGAGGAGGCUCCCCCUUGAAGUCCAAUCCCUUACCCUUUUAUAUAAGGCAGGGAACAGUUUUUUGGCCUCCCUGUUGUGAACAGAGAAUAUGAUUUUGAUUGAGUCGAGUAUCCAACACCAGAAUUAACCAAUUUACAGAAGAGCUGCAGUAUAUCCUGUAUUUUGUCUAUGGUCUUUACAGUUAAACUACUGGAACCUGCAGGGCCACCUAAACAAAGUUGACCAAUCAGAUUGACAAAACUACAUGCAUUGGCGGUCAAUUUGGAAGCUGCCAUUGUUGACUACGCUCUUUGAUAAUUAGGGCGUAGUGGGUCCCUCUAGGCUGAACUUCAAACCUAUUGUUUCACAUUUUGAGGAGAAGGCUAUAUCCCGGUCGGUAUUUAACCAAUCUUUAUGUCAUUUGUCACCAUUAGAGAUGGUUUCACUGGUUUGUCCAAAUUUUACUUUUAGUUUAUGGGGCCUCUUUGCUAUGAAAAGCAAAACUUUGAGAAUGUUUCAUUUACAUCUUCUCAAUAAAGUUGACUCACUUUCUAUGAAUUUUUGCAAAUUAUAUAGACUGUGGGUCAGACUUAACGUGUAGGAGUCUUUCUUUGCUAUGCAGCCCUUUUCAUGAAAAUAUUUUCGUUAGGCCUUGGUGAAGAAUCAUGUCAGUGGUAUAAAUUACCUGGAUGUCUACCUUAGAGAUGGGACGUUUCCAACACCAAAGAUGCCUGCUGUUGCUGGCGUGGAAGGAGCAGGGGUUGUGGAAAAGCUGGGACCUGGUUCUGUAGGUGUGGCCCCUGGGGAUCAUGUGGCAUACUUCCAUGUUGGAUCAGGUAACAAUAUUGAACUUAAGUUUUCUUCUAUUAUAAAGUUUCUAGACUUACCGGUAAUUGGCAACAAAUUAAGUAGUUGAGACACUUUGCCUUUAAGGGCCUCUUUGACGUUUUGCCAACUUACAAAAAAGGAGAAUAAAGCUUUCCUUCCCCCACCCCCCUCCAAGCAAUCUUGUGCCACUGUUUGAGCUCCCUGUGGAAACAGCAAACACUGCAAUUUUGAUUAGAGGAGGGGGGGGGAGGUGUGGAUUGUGUGUUCUCUGAAGUUACCCUAUUUGAGUACAGAUAUAUCUCAACAAUUUUUUUUGCUGAAAAUGUAGGAAUUGUUUUAAAAUAGGCUUUGAUCUGUACUCUUUGGAGGAUAUACAAUUAAACACAAGAAAAUUAUUAGUGUUCCAUCUGAGUCUAAACACAGAUAAAAAAUAACGAAAAAAAAAAAAAGAGCAUUUGAGCUCCCCUCUCUGGCCAAGUGAAUUCCAUUUCUACUUGCCUGUCCCUUAAUUAUAAUUGGCAUAAAAUGUAAAAUAGCUAAUAACUGGCUAAUGUGAGAGUUGACCAUUAGAGUUUUUAAGGAAGAGUUUGCUAGGCAACCUACUGUAUUACUCAAAGUCAAUGUGAAAGUUUUGUGGACAGUUAAUUCUAUUGAAUUGUGUAUUUUUUUCUUGUAAACUCAGCAAGCUGCUCAGCGACCUUCUCUCAGUCUGCUAAAUCCUAUAUCUUUGAAAUUCUUUGAAAUGGCAGGUAGCUAUGCAGAAUACAGUGUUGUUCCUGUGGAAAAACUUGUCAAAGUUCCAUCCAACAUCUCUUUUGAGCAAUCAGCAACAUCCAUGAUUCAGGGACUGACUGCGCAUUAUCUUGUCCAUACCUGCUACCCAGUGGGGCCUGGAACCAAGGUCUUGGUGCAUGCAGCUGCUGGGGGGACUGGGUCUCUGAUCUGUCAGGUGGCUAAGAAUGCAGGUAAUGAUAACAGGAAAAUUAUUGAGCAAAGUUAAGUGAAUGUGACCUGCAAGGGUGCGUGAUGAUUUAGAGGAGAAGGUUGUACAAGGGUCCAGCUUUGAUUAUCGUACUGAAGCUGAAGAAUUAAGCAAACCAAGAAAUUAAUGCAGGUAUCAAUGUUUGGACGGAGAGAGGUGUGGCAUGUUAUGGUCAAAUUCGGGACUUGACUGACAGCCGACUCACCUUUAAGUUUCGAAAGACUCCAGUCCAUGUUCUUGGACUUCCUCACCCAGCAGUUCUAAAGGUGCAUUCUCAAAAUAUCUGGGAUGAACCUGUGGUAUUUUCAUUCAAAUCAAACCUCUUUGGAACUACAGCAAUUAACACAAAUUGUUCAGCUGCCAGACACCGUGGCUCUUGAACCUUACGUCAAAGUUUUUCAGUAUAAAGUUCUCAAUGGUAUCCUCUAUACCAAUCCAAGUUGUACCAAAUAGGCUACAUUUCAAGCGAUCUCUGUUCCUUUUUUCCGCGGGCAUCAGAGUCGCUUUAUCAUCUUUUUUAUUUUUGUCCAUUUUCAAAGACUUUUUAGUCCGAUUUUGAAUCUUUUUGGCACCUACUCACAAAUGAAAAAAUAUAAUUAUCACUGCAAGACAUUAUAGUAGGGGUAGUGACUACAAAAUGCCCUUCUCGUCAUCUACUUAAUUGUAUGCUUCCUUAUUGGUAAAGUUUAUCUGUGGGUCUGUAGAGCAAACAAGACACCGCCAAAGAUACAUGGUUUAAAAAAAAUGAUUGUGGCAAAAUAUGAAACUGAACGAGUUAUUAUCGUUGACAGUGAAACUACUAGCUUCUUUACAAGAAAAUGGUUUAUAUCUCUUGAGAAUUUUGUUUGAAUUUUGUCUUUUCUUCUUCCUCUGAUUGCCUGUUUAAAUUAAUUGUAAUUCCUAUUUGUCAUGGCGUUAUUUGUUAAUAACCGCUUCAGUAGUUUAGGUGUGACUAGUACUUAGAUGUAAUAUAGUUUCAUUGUCGUCUUAGUGAUCUUAGUAUAGUUAUUUUUUUUUCUCUUGUUAGUGUUUUGUUGUUGUUGUUGUUGUUAGCUAUUGGAGUUGUAAAUUAGUUAUUAGUCAUUUUAGUUUAUUUUAUUAUCUCCUGUAUAUUUUGUGUGGUUAGUAAGUCAUUAAAAAAAUUGCAGUUUUAGUGAAUUUCUUUCUUUGGCCACCAUAAAGGGUUGAGAGGUUAAAGUGUCCCGAUUAAUGGAAAGCUAUUAUCCUUUGCCGUUGCUUUCAGGAGCCUAUGUGAUUGGCACAACCAGCACCGAGGAGAAAGCGGCAAAAGCAAAGGCUUGUGGUGCAGAUGAGGUCAUUCUGUAUUCCAAAAAAGACUUUGUUCAAGAAGUCAACAGCUUGACUCACGGGGGUGGUGUCAAUGUCGUUUAUGAUGGAGUUGGAAAGGCAACCUUUGACAAAGGUAAGUACGAUACACUCUUUUUUUUAUAUAAGAAUAUAUUUUAUAAGAAUAUCGAGGCUGAAAUUUGCGAAAUCUUAAGAAUACUUUAAGAAUAAACUCCAGGCUGAGAUUUUGAAAAGGAUAUAAUUUCGUGUGGUGAAAAUCUGUAAAUACAAUACAAAUAUACCUUUUCAAUUUAUUCCUUUCUUUAAACGGCAAAACUAGCUAACUAUAUUUAACAAACCUAUAAUUGAUACCUUAAUAUAUUCUAAUUCGGAAAUGUCAUAAGCAAUUAUUAAGAAUAAUACAAGAAUAUUUACAGCCUAAAAUCGGCGGAAAAAUAAGAAUAUUCAGCCUGGCCCUGGAAAACAACAUUCUUAUAUAAAAAAAAGAGUGUAGGACACUAUAUGGAUAAAAAGAAACGAAGCUAUGGCUAUAAGGCCAUUCAGGGUUUUUGUUGAGGUCGACAGACCAGUCAUAAACGUCCGGCUGACUCUUAAUAUUGUAUCCAUUUCAGCCAUCUGGUUACCAAACACAUCCCUGAAUUCAGUGAAAAAAACGCUGUCAACGCUCGGUGAGGUCCCGUAUAAAAAUGCUGGGGGUACGCAUCGGAAAAUUAAAGACAAGAAAAACAACAGAAAACUGAAAACUUUUUCGGACUCUUAGUUAGACAGGACGGGAGGAAAAAGGGAACAAGAAAAUAAAGAGAGUAAGAGAGACAGAGGGAGGUUGGAAGAGAGGUCCCAGAAUCUUCGUUUUGUGGGCAUGGCUUGAAUUCAUUUUCACCCCCAAUUUUAGAUCAACUUAAUUGGCAUUAAUAGUUUUCAAUAGCGGUAAACAUGGCUCUUUUGCAUGACAAAUUGCCCUCGUAUUUUUCGCCUAAAUAACCAAAAUACCCCUUAAACGUACUGUGACAAAGAGAGCUUCUUUUGUUUCAAAUCUCACCGUUCUUUAAUAUUCCAUGUCGUUCCUUCAAUUUGUCAAAUGUUGGUGAGUGUUUCUGGAGUUGAAGCCUAAAGGAAUGUAUCUAAGUUCAGAAAAAGAAAAAGAAAACGGAUUUCUUGUGUUCAGGUCCACCAAACGUGAAGCUAGGACUGGUUUGACGUCCUAGUCAUGCAAAGCAAUGAACAGAAAGGCUUGCAAAAUUGGCGUGUGGUUAUCGCCGUCGUUGUUGCUUUGAAAGCACCCUCACAACGGUACGACAAACUUGUGUCAUCUUUAUAGGGAACUCCCCUCCCUGCCCGGGGAGCGAAUACCGACGGAACUCUCGCUUGCCAGUCCGGUCAUCAAGGGUGCCUGGUAAAAAAAAUAUUUGUGACAAUGAAGAAUCACAGUGGGUCCAUUCAAAAGAAAUAUCUUUGACAGCACUUUCUUAUGGUACUAUUUAUUUUUCAGCAUGAGGACACUACUAGAAAAUUUGUAUCUCUGCGACAAAUCGCACUGAAAUUAAUUGAUGCUACAAAAACUGCACAAAAGAUGGCAAUUGUAAACGGGCCUUAGAAUUUUAUAUAUUUUCCUUUAGGUUUCAAUUGCCUGGCAACACGCGGUAUGAUGGUCCUUUUCGGUGGUGCUUCUGGUUACCCAGAAUCUCUCGACCUCAGUCUUCUUUCGAGCGGUUCACGCAGCCUUGUCCAUCCCAAGCUUUUCGACUACGUAUCAACCCCCGAGGAACUCAAGACAAGAGCUGAUGACGUGUUUAAAUGGAUCACCGAAGGAAAGAUUAAAGUGGGAGAUUUUACUGUCCUUCCUCUUUCAGAAGCUCGCAAAGCUCAUGAUAUGCUAGAGGGCAAGAAAACAACUGGAAAAGUCUUACUCAAACCUUGA